UUUCCAUUCUGCAUGGUGCAUGUAUGUUAGUGGAGCCCGCACUCAUACAUUCAUUUAGCUGCAGGUCUAGCUGUGUGUAAUGAGUGUCUCCUCUCCUCCCCUCCUGCCCAGGUCUGAGCGGUGCUUCCUCCCCUCCCAUUGUCUGUAUAGCAGCACAGUGAGUUAAUGCAGAAUCCCAGCCCUGCUCUCUGCAUCCUGCACACCCCUGCUGCCUCCUUGUCUCACUGCACUCCUCCGGAGCAUCGAUGUGAUUCUCCCCUCUCUCUCCCUGGUGGGGCUUUGCGGCUGUCUCUGUUUUGACGAAGGAAGACUAAACCUGAGUAGCAGGGAGACUCCUCCAGACACAAGCUGCAGGCAGACCAGGAUAACAGCCAACAGAUGGAUUUCCAACUAACAGACUCGCUGUACCAGGCUGCUCUGAGGGAGCUGUUCCUCAAUUCUAACCUGAGUGGCAACUUCUUCAACAGCACUGUGGACAGAAUCCUACCUCGUAGCAUGCAGGUCACCAUAGUGGUGGUCUAUCUGAUUGUCUGUGUAGUGGGGCUUGUGGGGAACUGUGCAGUGAUGUACGUCAUCGUCAGGUACACCAAGAUGAAAACAGCCACCAAUAUCUAUAUCUUUAACCUGGCCAUGGCGGAUGCUUUGGUGCUGAUAACCCUUCCAUUCCAGGGCACGGAUAUUAUAAUGGGGAAUUGGCCAUUUGGAAACGCCCUUUGUAAAAUUGCAAUUUCUAUUGAUUACUACAACAUGUUCACUAGUACCUUCACACUGACCAUGAUGAGUGUGGACCGGUACAUCGCCAUCUGCCACCCAGUGAAGGCGCUCGACAUCCGCACUCCACACAAGGCGAAAGUCAUUAAUAUCUGUAUCUGGAUACUUGCGUCCUUUAUUGGGAUCCCAGCAAUGGUCAUGGGAGCAGCGGAGAUGGACAGUGAAGGUACCGAAUGUAUGGUUCAGCUACCAGAUCCAGAACGCUACUGGGAACCAGUCUUUGGCACCUGUGUUUUCCUCUUCUCCUUCGUCAUACCUGUCUUAAUUAUCACCAUCUGCUACAGCUUGAUGAUCAGGCGGUUAAAGAAAGUACGGGUUUUGUCUGGGUCAAGGGAAAAGGACCGGAACCUGCGUCGUAUCACUCGGCUGGUAUUGGUGGUUGUAGCUGUGUUUAUUAUCUGUUGGACCCCAAUCCAGAUUUUUGUGUUGGUGCAGAGCCUUGGAGCUAAGCCCGACAGUGAUGUAAAGGUUGCCAUCCUUCACUUCUGCAUUGCACUGGGCUAUAUCAAUAGCAGCCUUAACCCUGUGCUUUAUGCCUUCUUAGAUGAAAACUUCAAAGCCUGCUUCAAGAAGUUCUGCUUUCCCUCUGCCUUUCGCACUGAAUUGCAGAUGUCCAACAGGAUGUGCAGCAUUGCCAAAGAUGUUGCUUAUGCCUGCAAGAACUCAGAUGGUCCGAAUAAUCCGGCAUGACUAGGCAUGGAACUGCCCAUGAUGGGUGGAGAAACAGACCAAGUGGGGACUAAUCCACAGGCGGAACUGACACAGAUAACCGCUUUGUGACAAAGAUGAGGGUGUUGAAAGAGACACCUAAAUUUAGAUUCACCAAUAAAUGUACACAAUGGAGUGUACCAUUGAAAUUCAUUGGUUAUUUAAUAUGGAACUCAGCAGCCUCUUAUAAGGACAGAGGAAAGAUGCUCAUCUUAAACUGAUUUCUGCGAAAAACCAAUGAGGCUCAUAUUUUUUUCAAGAGACAUUCAAGCUCCUUGUUGAAAUGUAAUUCGCCUUCAUUAUCUUCUCCCCAAAGUCUUAAAUCUAUUUACCCCAAAGGAGCAGAAAUCACGGUAUGUGUGAAAUGAUUCUCCUUUAACCCACUCCAAACCACUCAGUCCUCAACAGCUCAUGAAUUCUAUAUUUGUAUAUGUGUACAAAUAAAUAUUUAUUAUAUAUUGCACAUGCAUAUAUCCUGUUGGCUAAAAACAUCAAGGAUAUAUGACCAAAUCCAUCAUAAUAUUUUUGUCCAUAAUAGGUGUUUCUCAAAGGUGGUGGACUUUACCAUCAAACGUUUCCUGCUGCAGCCACAAGCACAUGUAUAAAGUGGCUAUCAAAUCUAAGUUCUGGACUGAAAAGAAUCUAACUUCAAAUUUUCAGUUGGAAAUGUUUAGGGCUGAUGACUCAGUCAAGAAAUAUACCUUCUGCCAACAAGAACCCCAUUUCUAAGGAGAUUUGCAAGUCAGUUUAUCAGCCUGAGAAGUUUUUUUCCAUGCACCCCAAGAGUGGCCUGUUCUUUUCCUGGUCUCCAGAUAAUGAUGUUAUUAUUCUACAAUAUCCUUGAAGUGUUGAAAGACAAAGUGGUCAACUUUAAGAGGGCAAAUUCCUUAUGUGGAAAUGUAUUGCUCUAGAAAACCACUCGGCACAGAGACAUGCAAUGACUUUGAUGUUUCUUCUUUCCAAUCUAUGAAUGAUGGGCUUCAGGGUUUGCAGUCAGCUGUCUGCCCUGAUAUUUGUGGCUAUAUACUGACAAAGUUACCCAACUGCAGCCUUACCUCUUUCCACUCUGGCAUUACCCCUAAUUGAAGCCUUUCUGAUUUGUAUAUAGACAGUCACAUGUACAGUAUAUAUACACUGUAUAUAUUACACAUUUUAUAUAUCUAUAUAUCUAUAUAUAUAUCUAUAUAUAUAUAUAUAUAUAUAUAUAUUCACACACACAAUUUUGAAGCCUCAAAAAUAAAAACCUUUCUUCACUGGGGAUCUGCUAAGCUUUGCUCCAGCAAGUUAGGAAUGUAAACAUUGAUGUAGCCAAAGGCAAACAGUGACUGUAAGGAAGAGAUCUCUGUAAGCAGUGACUUAUUGGUAUGGCCUGGGACAACCAGUGUUCUGCGUUAUUGAGAUGUUCCAGGAACCCAUUCUACAGUAUAUGAAUAAGCUGCAUCCAUCAAAAGAGACAAGUGUUCUGCAGAUUCAAAGACAGAAACAACUUAAAUAUGCUCUCAACCUUCUUAACUUUACCCGUGAUUAUUUAUUGUGCCCUAAUUAAUGCUGUGUGAAUCAAGACCCAAUGACAGCAGAGAAUGCCAUUUUGGUGGCAAAGCCAAAUUCAAGUUAUAUUGGUAACACAGCGAGUGCUUGAGAUCCUAUGGCUCUGAACAUGGGGAGAUGUAGAACAUGUCUGCAGUAAGAAAAACUGAUUUCCCCUAAUGAUUGAGAGCACAUACUGUAAACAGAAGAUUUAAACUGAAAUUAUCGUGUAUGUGCGACAGUUAUAUUUAAAUGACAUAUAACAGAGAUCACUUUAUUUGGCUAUAAGAGAAUGUUUUCAUAGUGUAUAUCAAGAAUUUAUUAAAUAACUUGGCUAUACUGAGCAGAAGUCUAAGGCCCCUUGCCUUAGGCAUAUUUUAAGAGAGGAACCAAGAUAAAGCCUCCUAGUUAUUUAUAGUGAAGAACAGCACUUUCCACUUGUGAACACCACCAAAGCAUUGAAGGCUAUCAAGCAACUCCCAAACGCUCUGGCAAAAUUGAUGAUACUGGAUUUGCAGUGGGGAAAGAACUUCGAGAAGUCUGUUACCUGCAGUUUCUUUUUUAGUAUUGAUUAUCCAUGAUUCAGAGCACUUAGACCUGUUGUACCCACUGGUGUUUUAUGACAAACACAAAAAGAUUUAACACACUGUUGUUAAUUGCCUUUUUCCUUGCAUUUGGUAAGUCAUUGAUUUCCUAUGCUACCUCACCAUGGGCCUGAUUCUGAGUUGGGAGUAAAGCAACACAAGGAAGUAACUGUGCACCUUGGUAAAACCAUGCUGCACUGCAGGUGGGGUAGAUUUAAAAUGUGCUGUGAGAUUUUAAUUUGAGAGGGGUGUACACAAAACAGUUGCAGAUCCAGGGGAGGCGAUUAGUAUGAUCACCUUCCACCCCUCCCGCUACACUUUUUACAGUAUCUGCCCACUUCUGCUGGUGGCUGUAUAGCAGCGCAGCGGCACAUCGGGCAGGUAGAGAGAGUAGACUGGUGCUGCUCAGUGGCUGCUGCCUCCCUGGACCCUGCACAGCCCAUUACACAGUACCAUAGAGAGAAGAAAUAAAGCUGCCCAGCAUUUACGGGCUACAUGCCAAAGAAUCAGGCCCUGUGUUUGUUAGCAAUAAAUGCAAAUGAAUGGAUUAUGAAGCAUCUGCAAAUUCAACACUUUCAGUGCUGUCAUGAAUGAGUGUGGGGUCAUUUGAAACAGCGAUUUGACUUUUUCAUUUACAGUACAUGAAAUUUGAUUGCUUUAGAAAUGCUAGAAUAAUGCAUGGAAUUGACGGCAGUGGGUAUAAGGCCUUAUGGCAGGUCUGGCCAAUCUGUGACUCUCCGACUGUUAUGAAACUACACAUCCCAGCAUGCCCUGCCAGAGUUUUAGCAUUCACUAAUAGCAAAACUGUGUCAAGGUAUGCUGGGACUUGUAGUCUGAUGACAGCUGGAGAGCCACAAGUUGGCAAGGCCUGCCUUAUGGAGAUAAUUCUAAAUUCCUGAUUUGUUUAAUUUCAGUUUAUAAUUUUUAUGCAGAAUCUGCUAAACUAGUUGAAACAGGUCCUAGUUGUUUCCUAUCUAUAGCCAUUACUGUGCCCCAUAUAUUAGCAAAAUCCUCAUCCUUGGAUUUAAACUGCUUCCAGCAGUUCAACUUACAGUUGAAAGGCCAAGUUUUACCUGUAACAAAGACGUUUCCCUAGCUCUGUGAUCUCAUCUACCAAAUUCUAGCUGUAAAAGACACUCCUCUCACAGUAUUCUUGGAGCUCAAUUCAGUUAGGUGCGACUCAGUUGAUCCCACGAGUAAGUCUGCACUUUACGGUAAGGCCAGGCUUGCAGAUUUUUGUCCAAGAGUCCACUGCAAGAUCGGGCCGUCAGGAAGGGGGCAAGUUGCAGGGUUGUUGGCUACGUUUCCACACCAUUACAACGGCAACUUGCCCCCUCGUGUCUAAUUUAAAUGUUUAAUUAAUAUUAAUCUCAAAUGUUUUCUGCAAAUGUAAUCACUUACUACUUUCCAGUUUUUGGUAACAGCUGCCAAUUACUGUACAUAUGUUAUAAGGUAUCCGGAUGUUAGGUCAACAGUAAUCAGGUUGAAAAUCAAUGGGUUGACCACUUAUGGUCAACAUGCAUAAAUUUGACAUAGUCAAAAGGUCAGCAUGGCAAUGGUGAACACAGCAUAUGGUCAACAUGAGAUUUUUUUACAAUUUUUUUUAAAUUUUUCAACUUUUUCAUACUUUACCAUCCACAUAGACUAUGAUUGGGAAUAGUAAUCUUGCCCGAAGCAUGGCGAGCAAAGCGUUUGGUGAAAACGACACCAAAAUACUCAUGUCAACUUUUUCCUGUGUCAACCUUUUUGGUGUGGGCCUUUUGACAAUGUCAACCUUUUUUCCUCGUCGAUCUUUUUGUUUCGACCUUUUCCAAGUCGACCCAAUGAUCCGCACCCAGUUACAAUGGCGUGAAUUACCCAAUAAAAUGACAUUAGCCCAGCCCUAAAUCAUAAAAACAUUAUUAAUUGAGAAAUUUGAUAUUAUUAAAAAUAGGGGAACAUUGCAAUCUGCUUGCAGGAGUGCCUUAUUGCAAACUACACUUGUAUUUCUAGUUAGCGUGACUAACAGUGACAGUAUUGUGCUGUAGUAUUUCUGUGCAACAUGUGAUGCAAAGACUUGCUCCAAUGGAUAGCUCCUUUGUGGAUGUUCUUCACUCUCAGCAUCAGAUCUAAAUGGUUCGUCAUGGAAUUUCCCGUUUGUGACCUCCCAACACCUGUACAGACCUUUUCUGCUUGCUCCAAUGUUCUUUGUGAUACUGUAAAAUGCUGCUUUGCGGGAUGCAGGCUCCUGUCCCAUGUAUUUUGUGCUAACAGGACAACUAACUGAAUGUCUGCUCAGGACAAGGGAAACAUUGGACUCGGUCACUGAACCUGUACUAAAGUGCUUUUUUUUUCUUCACUAUCUUCUCACGUUUCUGCAGCAAGGUAGAUUGGCCAUUAAACCAAGCCAGUGAUUCUCAGAUCUCUCUUCAAGUAUUACUGACAGGCCAUGGCAUAAUAAUUUCCCUGUGUAAUAAUGAGAUGUGAGAUUUACUGGGUUAGCCAAUUAAUUUAUCUGUGCAUGAAUAAGAAAAUUCUGAAAAUAUGGCCUGUUGGAGUGCACUUGAUGAUAACCUUGGGAAACAUUUUAGCAUCCAUUAUUACUUAAUGUAGAGUUAUUGUGAUAUAUACAAUAUAAAGAUGUACAGUAGAAUAUAUUCUAUAUUUGGAAUUGAUAUUGAUAGAUGGCUGCAUUCUCUUUAAUAUCAAACUGACAAAAUGGCUGCCUACACCAGUGCCUCGGUGAUGUGAAUUGUUUCUAAUGAAUUAAUGAGUUGAAUACUAAUGAACAUUGGCACAACAACAAAAUUGAUUCCUCCACUGUGUGUAGGUGACUUCUAUACUUUAUGAAUAGUCUUUUCACCUAUAUGUACAUUACAAGAAAAAUGAAAGAACAAUAUAAAUGUUUUGCCUGUCAAGCUACGGGCCAAUAUAUUGGCAAUUUACUCUGAUAAAGUAUAAGGGAUUGAUGAAUGGGCUGUGAUUGGUUCCUUGCAGGUAAGGUUGGUAUUAAAUAAAUUGGGUUAUAUAUUAAGACUAAAUCAUAGAAAAAUGCUAAAUGUAAAUAUAAUCAGAGUUUAUUUUCACAUGAUUUUUCUCUAGAUGGUCACUAAUUCAAGGUAAUUGACAUAUACAGAUGUGUCCUUAUACAGCUAGCCUCAAUAUGCCAUGCAGUGUGUGAGGUGCCUGGCAUGAGUGAACUGCAAGGUCCCGUGCAACUCUGCUAGCGUCGGGCGACUAGGACACACCAGGAGACUGUGCUGAUUAAUUUCAUAUGUGACACUUGUAGUAUCUGUGUGUGACCGAGGGGUCUAUUUACGAGUGUGGUACAUAGGGUCGACCACACGUAGGUCAACAGUGUCUAGGUUGACCACUAUUGGUUGACAAUGACUAAGUUGACACCCAAAAUAGGUUGACAAAAGCAUUAGAUCGACUUGAGCAAGGUCGACAUGACAAAAGGUUGACAUGAGUUUUUUUUUUAAAUGGUGUUGUUUUCUUCGUAGAGUGACCGGGAACCCCAAUUAGUGUACUGUGGGGGUCAUUCAGACCCGAUCGCACGCUGCCUUUUUACGCAGCCGUGCGAUUGGGUCUGAACAGGGCAUGCACGUGGGCUGCAAUGCGCAGGCGCGUCGGUCGCUGGCGAUGGCCAUCGCCACGGAGUGAUGGAACUAACAUCCGGGGGUGUCAACUCACCGUUUUCAGGGAGUGUCCAGGAAAACCCAGGUGUGCCCGGCCGUUUCCAGGGAGGGUUCCUGACGUCAGCAACAUUCCGGAUCGUCGCAGCGGCUGAGUAAGUCCUGGGCUGGGCAGAACCUGCACAAACUUUUGUUUGUGCAGCUGACUGCACAGCCGAUCGCACCCCUGCACAGCGAUUACCCGCUCCCCUGUUGGCGGCAAUUACCUGGUCACAGCAGCGCAACAAAUAGCCUGCGUGCGACCAGGUCUGAAUUAGGCCCUGUGUCCCCUCACAUGGCUCGCUUCGCUCACCGGCAAAGUUACCGGUCCCAAUCGUAGUCCACGUGGAUUGUAAAGUAUGAAAAAGUUCAAAAAUGUUUUAAAAAUUGUGAAAAACUCAUGUCGACCUUUUGUCAUGUCGACCUAGUACAUGUCAACCUAGAAACCCUGUUGACCUAAUGCAUGUCGACCAAUAGUGGUCAUCCUAAUGGCUGUCGACCUACGUGUGGUCGACCUAGAGACCGGAUACCCUAUUUACUAAGACCUGGAUGGAGAUAAAGUGGAUGGAGUUAAAGUUCCAACCAAUCAGCUCCUAACUGCCAUGUCACAGGCUGGGUUUGAAAAAUGACAGUUAGGAGCUGGUUGGCUGGUACUUUAUCUCCGUCCACUUUAUCUCUAUCCAAGGCUUAGUAAAUAGACCCCUGAGUCUGUAAACGGGGCACAACAGAGCCUGUAUUGAAAAAAAGCUGUGGCUGGCUGUACAUUAUAAUACUACAUGUACAGAUUCAGAGACUCACACAGAUAUACAAGUGUCACAUAUCAAUUAAUCAGCAUAAUCUCCUGGUGUGUCCUAGCCUCUGUGAUUAAGACACAAUAUAGAAAUUCCAACCCAGUUGUCACACCACUGAAUGCAUAGAAACCAUAGAUCUAGACUAUUAGGUUAGGUAGGUUGGCUUCCUCUGCCUACUUACCCAGCCUGACACAUGGCUACUUUCACCUGUCACACAAACUACCCUUUAUUACAGGUAUGUCGAUCAAAAAUUCCCAGCAAUGAAAUGGAUUUCAGUAUACACAAAAUAAUCAGGCUGAAUUUGCCCCUUGCCUCACCCAUAACUGCCUCUAGCUGUUUACUGAUAGCAAUAACCAGGUCACAUUGGUAGCUUAGAAUUUGGUACAUCUCGCCCCAUCAUACUACUCCCACAUUCCAUGUCUUCCUUUCCCCCCACCAUACACAUGGUAACUAUACGCAGAUCAGAAGCGCCAAUGGAAUUCAUUUUCCUUCACACUUCAUAGAUGAUUCUUAAGUAAGAUCUAAUGUAAGAUUUAGGAAUAGCGGUCCAAAAAUGAUGAUGAUGAUGAUGAUGAUGAUGAUGAUGAUGAUGAUGAUGAUUUCAAAAGAAAGGGACAGGGAAUAAUUGGAAAACUGUAGACCAUUAAAGCCAGUUACACUUAAUUACAGUGUAGUUACAGACGUACAUUAUCACAACACAAACUGCCCCUGGAUAAAAAUAGAAGUGUAAUUACAGUAUCAUGUGGCUCACUUAGAACUCCCACUGUACUUGCCCUUCUAGGUCACCAUCUAAAUGAUACGGCUAAAAAGACUUUGUCUCUUUGGAAUAAUUUUAGUUCAAUUAUCAAACACAUGUACCAAGCUAAUAUUAUGCAUAACAAAUUAAUGCAAUUAUCUUGUUUUCUUCCUAAUAGAAUUACUGAUGGUUCAUGUGUAAAAUUCAAAGAAGUCAUUAAUCUUUUCAGCACAUUCAAACCCCCUCCCUGCCACUUUCCCUACAGUACUUCUGCCUUUUCUUCCAAGCGUUAAAAAGAUUAUUCACAGCAGUGAAAUCCUACGUCUAGACUCCAUCUCUGGCUCAGUGAGACACGGGAGGCUGCUCACCGUAGCAGGUUCUAGGCGUUUCAGUAAGUACAUAGUUUAACAGGAUGUGUUGUAGGAAACUAUAAUCUCUUUAGUCGGCAAUAAGUACUGACAAAUUUAAUCAAGGAAGUUAAGCCAAAGUCCGAUAGUGUUCCUCAGGGUAGCUAGCAUUGCUCGAAUUUGUUAUCCACCAUUACUGCAUAACCACAUUUUCUGUAGCUCUGGGUCAUAAUUAAGGGCAAAGACACUGUCCUGAUUGACACUACAGAGAUUAAUCACUAUUAUGUGAUUGGGACAGUAGUUUAUUUGAUUAAGAUUUUUUCUUCUUCGCUUGGCUUGCAAAUAUUGCCAGACAAACACGUUUCUGUCAGUGUUUUGCAUCCUUAGCCAUGAAGGUAAAUGUAUAUGAAUUUAAGAAAUUCUCAGUAAUGUUCAGCAAAUAGAUAUAAGUUUAGGACUUUUCGUAAACGAGGAUACCUCAUUCAAAACUUUUUUUUUUCCACUAAUUUUUUUUUUUUUGCUAGAUAUAUACAGAUUUACACUAAUAAGGAGAAGUACUAACACCAAUCAUUCUUUUUGGUUUACAGAAUGCCAGUUGCACAUGUACUUUUUUCAUAUUUGGAACUCGGCAGAUCCCACAUUGCAAAAAUGACAUUUUCCAUCUUGUGUGUACAAUGGUGGAGUUUAAUCAUGUGUACUAAUUAGUUUAUGGCUGCAACAAUCCCAUAACUAGUUGACUAGGGACGAUAAGGAGAGAGCAGACAUUGACCCCUUCAGCGCCAGCACAACUGGGCAGAUGCUAAUUUUGUUCCAGUUAUAGAACACGGAUGUCAAAAUCCCAGCAGCAGAUCAUGGGAGAUGAGCCAGAUAAUGUUUUUCUUGUUAAUUAAAGCCGGAAACUGCAUGCUGACAAGACAGAACCUUAUUGUGGCUCUCUUAUACCUUGACCUUAUUAGCUUUCCUUGAUUAGUCUGUUACACAGAUGUCCCACUGCCUUCUACUCACCUUGUCAGGAGUCCUUGCAUUCAUUUCCUGUGCACUAAAAAGCAAUACGUCCAUGCCCAUUCAGUUGUAGAAGUACUGUUGUGAUAAUAAUACCUAAUAAACAUUGGGCUAAGUAUUUAUAUUUCUUGAUAAACUGCAGAGAGCCAGUUGUGUAAUCCUUGGUUUAGCAGCCUACUGUAUAGUGCACCAGUUGCUUACAAGUACCAGCAAGCUAUUAUUGGCAGUGGAGUCACAAAUUUCCCACCUCUUAUAGACAGUUCAUCUGUCCAGGUGGGCUGCUGCUGGCCAUACACAUGAUUUAGUUGGACAGUUUGAUCAUUACUGAUUACAUGUUCCAACAAUUUCAGUUUUGGUGUCAGAGGUGUAACUAGAAAUGUCUGGGAUCCAUAAUAAAAUAAAAUCAGGUCAAAGGCUGGGUACACACGUGACGAUGCGCAUAAGAUGAACCUCAUCAAGGCAAAAUAUAUCGGACAUACACACUAAACAAUAUUGUCACCGAUAUCAUCAGUGAUGGCAUCCACCCACAUCCAGGUGCAUGUAGUCUUGUCCAAUAUCAUUAGAUUAACGAACCGCAGGAGUGCGCAUCUUUAGCGAUAUUGUGUAAACACACUGGAUGAUGUGAACAAUGGUUUUGUUUUUUUGCAGUGCUGCGAUCAGGUAGUUGCCGCCUACAGGGGGAGGGGGUAAUUGCCAUGCAGAGGUGCGAUCACUUGUGUAUAGAGCUGCACAAACAUAAGUUUGUGCAGUCUCUGCACAGCCCAGGACUCACUCAGCCUCUGUGAUGAUCCGGCCAGGAGCUGACGUCAGGAAUCCUCCCUCCAAGCGGCUGAACACGCCUGCGUUCUUCCGGACACUCCCUAGAAACAGUCAGUUGACUCCACAAAUGGCGUCUUCCUGUCAAUCUUCUUGCGAUCGCCGGUGCGAUCGGUUUCUUCAUUAAAUCCGUCACUGUCCAGCGAUCCCCGUCGCUGGCGGCCGACGCGCCUGCGCAUUGCGGAGCAUACGCAUGUGCAGUUCAAACCCGAUCGCACCACUGCCAAAAAAAGCUAGCGUGCGAUCGGGUCUGAAUGACCCCCAUAAUAUGGUCCGAUCCGCCGAUUCGGGCGAUAUAUUGGGUGCACAUCAUCAAGUGUGUACCCAGCCUAAGGUUGGGCACACACUAGAAUGAUAUUGGGACUACGAAUCAUCUACAUCGUCUAGUGUGUACACACAAUUGUGCGAUCCCACAGGUCGCAUGCUACAGAUUCUGGUCGGCCGUCGCUCUAGUGUGUACCCACCCUAACCCUGAAUUUUUGGAAAGAUGGCAUACAGUAUUAACUGCAUUGACACUUUGCUUGAUGACUCAAUGAUGUCACUGGUUCCUAUUGAGAUGUCAGUCAGCAUUCUCAAUAUAAACUUAACUCUGGCUGCUUCCACAUAGUGUAGUUGACAUGCGGGGUCAUUCCGAGUUGAUCGUAGCUGUGCUAAAUUUAGCACAGCUACGAUCAUGUUCCCAGACAUGCGGGGGGACACCCAGCACAGGGCUAGUGGAGUAACUCCCGGCCAGCGCAGCUUCUGCGGCUGGCCGGGAGUUGAUUGUCGCUGCCCCUGGUCGCAGCGGCUGCGUGUGACGUCAUGCAGCCGCUGCGGCCCGCCCCCCACACGCACCACACCCCUAAAAUGGCGGCCAAACGCUGCCGUGCCGCACCCUCCCUCCCAGCGACCAUCUCUGCCUGUCAAUCAGGUAGAGGCGAUCGUUAGGGAACGACGGCCUUUGGCCGUCCGGCUUGAGCCGGCGCACUGCGGCGCCGGCGCAUGUGCAGUUCCGACCCGAUUGCUGCGCUGCGAUAAACUGCAGCAAGGGAUCCGGUUGGAAUGACCCCAUGUACCUUUUAAUACUUCUGAUGUUUCUUCAUGUUAACUAAAGUUAAAUUCAAUUAAGUAAUUAGAAUUUGACAUCAACACAUUUUACUUGUAAUACUUUAGAAUAAUCUAUACCAUUUGCACCAAAUGUCUGAAUAUUUGUGUUACCUUACAUAAAAAUUAGAUCAAGGCUGGAACGAAAAAAACUAGAUUUAGUCAAACUGUAAUGAAAUGCGUUACAAACACUGGACCUGAUUCAGAGAUGGAUUCAAACCUGAUUUUUUUUAACACUUGAGCGAUUAUCGUCUGUCUGCGCAUGCCUCUCAAUCACAUUGCAAUGGGCUGCGAUGGUCUUGCGAAGUCGGGUGCAGAGGGGAUUUAUUUGCAAAGUGAUUGAGCAGCCUGUGACUGCGAUCCCAUACAAUGGUUCUGCCAUCUCACUUCCUGGCAGCUGUGGCAUUUUCAUAUUCUCGCACAGUAGCUGAAUACACCUUCGCAAAUGCAAAUGCAUUUACAUACAUCUUUGACAGGCCCACUAUUAAAGUUAAUAUACAUAUACAAUGGAAAAAUAUUUAGAUUGCAUAAGAAACCUUGCAUAUCAGAAUCUGCAGGGAUGAUGCGUGCCUACAGGGAACCAAUCAUUCAUCCUUUAUCAUCUGCACUAGAAAAGUGAGGAAAGGGAAUGUACAAGCAAAGCUUAAUGAGUCAGUUAGGCCCUUAGGGGUGACACCAAUGGUAUUAUUCUGAAUUACAGUAUAAAUGUUUUACAUUUUUGUGCAUCUGAACAUAGCACUUUCUUACUCGUUUCAGGUGGGAAGAUUGUAAGCUUCUGGUUCAAUGAAAUGUCCUGGUGCCAUGGUUCCAUGUCCCGCGCAUGCUGGUUCUGUGGGCUGUGGAAGUGUAUGCUGCACGCUAGCCCUGCUGUAAUAAAUGCACUUUAGUAGAGGCUGGAAAACUUCCCUGGACACUGACAGAUGUUUUUAUUUAUAACAUGUCACAGAAUUUAAAUAAAAUAUAUUUUGAAAUGGAUUGCAGUAAUAGAGCUGCUGGGCCUGGCUGCAGUAUUACAUCUGAACGACUGCACUGAUCCUUCAGUUCUACAAUUCAGUGUCUGUUCUUAGUAAUGACUGUUGGUGACUGUCCUCAGUCUAACUAGUAGGCUGUGACUGCAGUUAAUGGACUGUGUGACUGUUCUCAGCGCGACCGUAGUUAUUGGUCUGUCUGACCUUUUUAUAGGACUGUGUGACUGUUUUGAGCCCAAAUGCACUUAAAGAACUGUAUGACUACAUAACCUUGAUUGAAGUUAUAGAAAUGUGUGACUUUACUGAACAUGACUGUAAUUCAUACCUGCUUUUCCCAGAGUGACUGACAUACUCCUGAAAGAGCAUGCCAGCAUCCUACAUAUGGUCCAAGGCUUGAUUUAUUACGUGAUCUGUAUUGAAUCACCUCAUUCUGGAGAAGCUCCCCACCUUGCAUGGCUUUAUAAAGAGUACAGCAGGGUUAUGAUGGCACGUUGAUGGUGCUACACCCCAUCACACCUCACCCCUGGUAAAAUUCCAAAUCUCUUACUAAACUGUCAGGCUGCCUGAGUAUUGUUGUCUUGGCUGCAGUUAUAGGGCCUGAUUCAGAGAUGGACGCAGUUGCAGGCGUAUCUGCGUCAUUUUGAGCAGCGUGACUGUGACUUUAUGUUAAUGUCACAGUCGACGGGAUUCAUACAAAGAUGCCCACAGGCUUGGGUGCUAAUCCACUCUUUUGUGCCCACCAUCAGACCACAUUGGUCGCACCAUCAAACAUUGCACCAGCCCUAUGAAGACUCAGAGUGUCAGAAUAUGUCUGAAUAUGGCCGCCCAAAUCAGCCCAACUGCAGAAAAAGUCGCAGUCGCUGGCUGCAACACACCAGCCACCCACCCUGUUACCUCCCAGGAAUGCCCGCCAAAAUUGCCUCUCUCUGCGUACAAAUUUGUUCUGCAUAGACGAAAACAUCAACCACUUGCAUCUGAUGCCACCACUGCAUUCACCUAUUAAUCAGGCCCAUAUUCCAUACUGAGCAUGAAAAGUCUGACUGAAUUCAGCCUGAUGAAAGAGUAAGGCUAUCACAAUGUACUUAACUGUUACAUUGUGAUAGCAAUAUUUUUAAAAUCACUUUACAAGACUUCCUUAAAGAGUGAUGGAAGUGGCCGCUGCAUGUGUGAGGGGUGUGGUGUGGGGAGAGACAAAUUCUGCAAUUCGCCAUUUUGGGAGAGUUCUCUCCCAAGUGUGUGUAUGUAUGGACUCCAACUGCAGUUGAACUUGACCCCGUUUAUAGGAUUGUGUGACUCCUGAGCCUAAAUGACUGUGCUACUGUACAGAGCCUAAAUGCAUCUGUAGGACUGUGCGUCUGUACUGAGCCUACUGUACUCAGCCUAAAUGCAUCUGUAGGACUGUGCGCCUGUACUGUGCCUACUGUACUCAGCCUAAAUGCAUCUGUAGGACUGUGCACCUGUACUGUGCCUAAAUGCAUCUGUAGGACUGUGCUACUGUACUUAGCCUAAAUGCAUCUGUAGGAUUGUGCUACUGUACUGAGCCUAAAUUCUUCUGUAGCACUGUGUGACUGUACUGAACCUAAAUGCAUCUGUAGGACUCUGCGACUGUACUGAGUCUUCUGUACUUAGCCUAAAUGCAUAUGUAGAACUGUGCUGCUGGACUGAGCCUAAAUGCAUCUGUAGGACUGUGCGUCUGUAAUGAGUCUAAAUGCAUCUGUAUGACUGUGUGACUGUACUGAGCUGAUUACAUUUGAAGGAAUGACUGACUGCAUUUAUAAACCUUGGUAACUGUAUUCAUCCUAAAAUAACUACAGUUACUGGAAGGGGUCUAUUUAUAAUUUAGAGCACAUCCUAAAAGAAUCUCUCCAAGUGAAGCACUUUCUCCCUAGUUCCAUGCAGCAACGAAAGAUUUCACCUUCUGGUUGCCAUCCAUGCAGAAAGACCUGUAGGACUGUGCAAGUGUACCGAGCCUGAAUGCAUCUGUAGGACUAUGCACCUUUAAUAAGCCUAAAUGCAUCUGUAAGACUGUGCAGCUGUACUGAGCCUAAAUGCAUCUGUAGGACUGUGCUACUGUACCGAGCCUGAAUGCAUCUGUGUAGGACUGUACGCCUGUACUGAGCCGAAAUGCAGCUGUAGGACUGUGCACCUGUACCGAGCCUGAAUGCAUCUGUGGGACUGUGAGCCUGUACUGAGCCUAAAUGCAUCUGUAGGACUGUGCAUCUGUACUGAGCCUAAAUGCACCUGUAGGACUGUGUGCCUGUACCGAGCAUAAUGCACCUGUAGGACUGUACGCCUGUACUGAGCCUAAAUGCAUCUGUAGGACUGUGCGUCUGUACUCAGCCUAUAUGUACCUGUAGGACUGUGUGCCUGUACCAAGCAUAAUGCACCUGAAGGACUGUGUGUCUGUACUGAGCCUAAAUACAUCUGUAUGACUGUGUGACUGUACUGAGCUGAUUACAUUUGUUGGAAUGACUGACUGCAUUUAUAAACCUUGGUAACUGUAUUCAUCCUAAAAUAACUACAGUUAUAUCAUUUAGAGCACAUCCUAAAAGAAUCUCUCCAAGUGAAGCACUUUCUCCCUAUUUCCAUGCUGCAACGAAAGAUUUCACCUUCUGGUUGCCAGCCAUGCAGGAGGACCUGUAGGACUGUGCAAGUGUACCGAGCCUGAAUGCAUCUGUAGGACUAUGCACCUGUACUGACCCUAAAUGCAUCUGUAAGACUGUGCGCCUGUACUGAGCCUAAAUGCAUCUGUAGAACUGUGCUACUGUACUGAGCCUGAAUGCAUCUGUAGGACUGUGCUACUGUACCGAGCCUGAAUGCAUCUGUAGGACUGUGCGUCUGUACCGAGCCUGAAUGCAUCAGUAGGACUGUGCUACUGUACCGAGCCUGAAUGCAUCUGUAGGACUGUACGCCUAUACUGAGCCGAAAUGCAGCUGUAGGACUGUGCACCUGUACUGAGCCUAAAUGCAUCUCUACGACUGUGCGUCCAUACUGAGCCUAAAUGCACCUGUAGGACUGUGUGCCUGUACCAAGCAUAAUGCACCUGAAGGACUGUGUGUCUGUACUGAGCCUAAAUACAUCUGUAUGACUGUGUGACUGUACUGAGCUGAUUACAUUUGUUGGAAUGACUGACUGCAUUUAUAAACCUUGGUAACUGUAUUCAUCCUAAAAUAACUACAGUUAUAUCAUUUAGAGCACAUCCUAAAAGAAUCUCUCCAAGUGAAGCACUUUCUCCCUAUUUCCAUGCUGCAACGAAAGAUUUCACCUUCUGGUUGCCAGCCAUGCAGGAGGACCUGUAGGACUGUGCAAGUGUACCGAGCCUGAAUGCAUCUGUAGGACUAUGCACCUGUACUGAGCCUAAAUGCAUCUGUAAGACUGUGCGCCUGUACUGAGCCUAAAUGCAUCUGUAGAACUGUGCUACUGUAUCGAGCCUGAAUGCAUCUGUAGGACUGUGCUACUGUACCGAGCCUGAAUGCAUCUGUAGGACUGUGCGUCUGUACCGAGCCUGAAUGCAUCAGUAGGACUGUGCUACUGUACCGAGCCUGAAUGCAUCUGUAGGACUGUACGCCUAUACUGAGCCGAAAUGCAGCUGUAGGACUGUGCACCUGUACUGAGCCUAAAUGCAUCUCUACGACUGUGCGUCCAUACUGAGCCUAAAUGCACCUGUAGGACUGUGUGCCUGUACCGAGCAUAAUGCACCUGUAGGACUGUACGCCUGUACUGAGCCUAAAUGCAUCUGUAGGACUGUGCGUUUGUACUCAGCCUAAAUGCACCUGUAGGACUGUGUGCCUGUAACGAGCAUAAUGCACCUGUAGGACCGUGUGUCUGUACUGAGCCGAAAUACAUCUGUAUGACUGUGUGACUGUACUGAGCUGAUUACAUUCGUAGGAAUGACUGACCGCAUUUAUAAACCUUGGUAACUGUAUUCAUCCUAUAAUAACUGCAGUUAUAUCAUUUAGAGCACAUCCUAAAAGAAUCUCUCCAAGUGAAGCACUUUCUCUCUAUUUCCAUGCAGCAACGAAAGAUUUCACCUUCUGUUUGCCAGCCAUGCAGGAAGACCUGUAGGACUGUGCAAGUGUACCGAGCCUGAAUGCAUCUGUAGGACUAUGCACCUGUAUUGAGCCUAAAUGCAUCUGUAAGACUGUGCACCUGUACUGAGCCUAAAUGCAUCUGUAGGACUGUGCUACUGUACCGAGCCUGAAUGCAUCUGUAGGACUGUACGCCUGUACAGAGUCGAAAUGCAGCUGUAGGACUGUGCACCUGUACCGAGCCUGAAUGCAUCUGUAGGACUGUGCGCCUGUACUGAGCCUAAGUGCAUCUGUAGGACUGUGCAUCUGUACUGAGCCUAAAUGCACCUGUAGGACAGUGUGCCUAUACUGAGCAUAAUGCACCUGAAGGAUUGUGCGCCUGUACUGAGCCUAAAUGCAUCUGUAGGACUGUGCGUCUGUACUGAGCCUAAAUGCACCUGUAGGACAGUGUGCCUAUACUGAGCAUAAUGCAGCUGUAGGACAGUGUGCCUGUACUGAGCCUAAAUGCACCUGAAGGACUGUGCACCUGUACUGAGCCUAAAUGCAUCUGUAGGACUGUGCGUCUGUACUGAGCCUAAAUGCAUCUGUAGGACUGUGCGCCUGUACUGAGCCUAAAUGCACUUGUUGGACUAUGUGCCUGUACCGAGCCUAAAUGCACCUGUAGGACUGUGUGUCUGUACUGAGCCUAAAUACAUAUGUAUGACUGUGUGACUGUACUGAGCUGAUUACAUUCGCAGGAAUGACUGACUGCAUUUAUAAACCUUGGUAACUGUAUUCAUCCUAAAAUAACUAUAGUUACUGUAAGGGGUCUAUUUAUCAUUUAGAGCACAUCCUAAAAGAAUCUCUCCAAGUGAAGCACUUUCUCCCUAUUUCCAUGCAGCAACAAAGGAUUUCACCUUCUGGUUGCAAGCCAUGCAGGAAGACCUGUAGGACUGUGCAAGUGUACCGAGUCUGAAUGCAUCUGUAGGACUUUGUACCUGUACUGAGCCUAAAUGCAUCUGUAGGACUGUGCUACUGUAGCGAGCCUGGAUGCAUCUGUAGGACUGUGCGCCUGUACUGAGCCUAAAUGCAUCUGUAAGACUUUGAGCCUGUACUGAGCCUAAAUGCAUCUGUAGGACUGUGCUACUGUAGCGAGCCUGGAUGCAUCUGUAGGACUGUGCGCCUGUACUGAGCCUAAAUGCAUCUGUAGGACUGUGCGUCUGUACUGAGCCUAAAUGCAUCUGUAGGACUGUGUUACUGUACUGAGCCUAAAUGCAUCUGUAGGACUGUGUGCCUGUACCGAGCAUAAUGCACCUGUAGGACUGUGUGUCUGUACUGAGCCUAAAUACAUCUGUAUGACAGUGUGACUGCACUGAGCUGAUUACAUUCAUAGGAAUGACUGACUGCAUUUAUAAACCUUGGUAGCUGUAUUCAUCCUAAAAUAACUACAGCUACUGUAAGGGGUCUAUUUGUCAUUUAGAGCACAUCCUAAAAGAAUCUCUCCAAGUGAAGCCCUUUCUCCCUAUUUCCAUGCUGCAUCGAAAGAUUUCACCUUCUGGUUGCCAGCCAUGCAGGAAGACCUGUAGGACUGUGCAAGUGUACCGAGCCUGAAUGCAUCUGUAGGACUGUGCGCCUGUACUGAGCCUAAAUGCAUCUGUAAGACUGUGCAGCUGUACUGAGCCUUAAUGCAUCUGUAGAACUGUGCUACUGUACCGAGCCUGAAUGCAUCUGUAGGACUAUACUCCUGUACUGAGCCGAAAUGCAGCUGUAGGACUGUGCACGUGUACUGAGCCUGAAUGCAUCUGUAGGACUGUGCGUCUGUACUGAGCCUAAAUGCACCUGUAGGACUGUGUGCCUAUACCGAGCAUAAUGCACCUGUAGGACUGUGCGCCUGUACUGAGCCUAAAUGCAUCUGUAGGACUGUGUGUCUGUACUGAGCCUAAAUGCACUUGUAGGAUCGUGUGCCUGUACCGAGCAUAAUGCACCUGUAGGACUGUGCGUCUGUACUGAGCCUAAAUACAUAUGUAUAACUGUGUGACUGUACUGAGCUGAUUACAUUCUUAGGAAUGACUGACUGCAUUUAUAAACCUUGGUAACUGUAUUCAUCCUAAAAUAACUACAGUUACGGGAAGGGAUCUAUUUAUCAUUUAGAGCACAUCCUAAAAGAAUCUCUCCAAGUGAAGCACUUUCUCCCUAGUUCCAUGCAGCAACCAUACAGGAAGCUACAACGUAUUGAUACUUCCCAGCUGCUGGAGAUAUAGAUCCUUGGAGAUCCUCCCUAUCCAGCAAUAUUGUAGACCAUAGUCUAUAGAAUCCAAUGCCUGGUGCUAAGCUUUUUGGGUUGCUUGGUAAAUUUGUGAAUAAUGUGGACCAUAUUCUGGAGCCUCACUAUCUAUGAUAUCUCUUCAUCCUACUAAACAGCCAGAUACAUAUGGAAAGUACUAUUUCCGUAUUAUUUUUUAAAUCUUAAAUAUGCCUAUACUGAAUCUGUCAGCCAUUAUAGGAUUGUGUGACUUUAUUGGAUCUUCCUGCAGUAGGACUGUGUCUUCGUCUGUCAUAGACUGCAGUUGUAAACCUGUGUGUCUGUGCACAUAAGGUAACUGCAGUUAUAGGAUUGUGUGACUGUACUGAGCCUGAUUACUGUAAUACUGUGUGACUGAAUUGAGCAUGAAAUCAUUUAAUUGACUGUGAUUAUACAAUGCCAUUGUAGUUAUAACUGUCAUAGGGAGUGUUCCAUGUAAAGUUACCACUGCCCUUUUUUCGUCAUCACAUAAAAGUUUUUAAGUAGACUUCUGAAUACUGUAUGUCCAAAAUAGCGCAAACUCUUCUGGGAAGAGGAUCCUGUCUCUAGCUCAUUAUAUAAUCUACUAAACUGCACUUAUGCAAUUAUAAGGGCUUUUUAUCUCCUUGCUAUGCAGGUGCAUCGUUCUGUACUUGGAUGAUUUUUGGGUCUCACUGGCCGUGCCAGUCGUGGUACCUAUCUGUAUCGUUUGGUAAAAUAUGUAAUAAACAUGUAAUGGUUCUCGU